UAUCUCCCAUUCUUUUGCCAGUCAAUGGUGCGAUAUCCCAAAUGUGUGGAGCGAGCACGCACUGCGUUGUACCGUAAACUCAUCCAACAGUCUUAGCGUUCAAAUUGUACUGGGUUCCUUUCUUUGGACAGGUCGUGAAGGAUGAAGAUUGCCAUCAUCGGUCAGAGUGCUUUCGCCAGUGAGGUGUACAAGCUACUCAAAAAGAAUGGCCAUCAGGUCGUCGCUGUCUUCACCGUCCCUGAUCAAGGCAACAGAGAAGACGUUCUUGCGACGACAGCGCAGGCGGACGGAACGCGCGUCUUCAAGUUUCCUCGGUGGCGACUCAAGGGCAAAAUCCUCCCCGAAGUGUUGGAAGUGUACCAGUCCACGGGGGCGGAGCUCAACGUGUUACCCUUUUGCACUCAAUUUAUUCCUAUGGAGGUUAUCACUCUCCCCAAGUACCAGUCCAUAAUCUACCACCCCUCUUUGCUGCCAAGACACAGAGGAGCAUCUUCUAUAAACUGGACCUUGAUUGAAGGCGACAAGAAAGCAGGAUUCAGCAUCUUCUGGGCAGACGACGGACUGGACACAGGACCGCUGCUGCUGCAACGUCAGUGUGACGUCGACCCGAACGACACGGUGGACAGUCUGUACAUGCGGUUCAUGUAUCCUGAAGGAAUAAAGGCUAUGGGUGACGCAGUGGAGAUGAUAGCCAGCGGCACGGCACCAAGGACUGUUCAACCAGAGGAGGGCGCUUCUUAUGACCCUAUGCUCAACAAAAAAGAGCUCAGCAAGGUGGACUUUUCCAAGCUGACCGGAGAAGCGCUGCACAAUUUCAUUCGCGGGAUGGACAAGGUACCGGGAGCCUGGCUUGUUCUGGAUGGCCAGGAAACGAAGGUGUUCGGAUCAAUGUUGUGGCCGAAUGGAGCCGUCAGUGGAACAGAAAUCCAGGUAGAAGGAAUGUCAAAACCUGGCAUCAUUCACGACGCCGGUCUUCUGCUGUGCGGAUGCGACGGUCAGCUGGUAAACGUACAGAAACUGAUGUUCACAAACGGAAAGAUGAUUAACGCUUGCAGCUACGGACAGAUAGAAGAAACCGGCGACCUGGAAUAUAACGUCGAUGAACUUGCGAUGGUAGAAACCAUUAAGGCUACGUGGAAAAGUAUACUCCGAGGGGACAUUGAGGGAGACACAGACUUCUUCAAGAGUGGAGCAGGCUCAAUGGACGUCGCAAGGUUGGUGGAAGAGGUGAAGGACAAGUGCCACGUGACCCUGGAAAACGAAGACGUGUACAUGGCAACACAGUUUGACGACUUCAUCAGGACUGUAGUCCUCAAAUCACGGGGUGGAUCGGGAUCUCCAAAACUCGUAUUUGAUCCCGUGAUUAAGCGCGUGAACAACAUGGAUGUAACCUUUGCCAACCAGUUGUUCAUUAACAACCAGUUCCUAAACAGCUCUUCUGGGAAGGUCCUGGAAACCGUUAACCCAACAGAUGAAAGCGUGAUUUGCGAAGUUCAGUGCGCUUCAAAAGAAGACGUCGAUAAGGCUGUUAAAGCCGCCAAGGCAGCAUUCGAGGAGGGCGAAUGGAGUCGAAUGAAUGCCAGAGAUCGCGGAAGGCUUCUCUACAGACUCGCCGACUUGAUGGAGCAACACAAGGAAGAACUGGCUACGAUCGAAAGUAUGGACUCCGGCGCUGUGUACACCCUGGCCAUCAAGACGCACAUUGGCAUGUCAAUCGACACAUACCGCUACUUCGCCGGGUGGUGCGACAAAAUUCAAGGGACUACCAUCCCCAUCAACCACGCUCGACCAAACAGGAAUCUCACUUUUACCAAACGAGAACCAAUCGGGGUUUGCGGCAUCAUCACCCCUUGGAACUACCCGCUUAUGAUGGUUGCUUGGAAAUCGGCUGCUUGCCUGGCAGCAGGCAACACCUUAGUGCUGAAACCUGCCCAGGUGUCACCUUUGACUGCCCUCAAGUUAGCUGAACUGACAGUAUACGCUGGAUUCCCACCCGGGGUAUUCAACGUCCUUCCUGGGACUGGCUCCACUGUGGGCCAGGCCAUCUGUGACCACCCGGACAUCAGGAAGCUUGGCUUUACAGGAUCAACCGAGGUUGGGAGGGAUAUCAUGCGUUCCUGCGCUGUCUCCAACCUGAAGAAAGUGUCUCUCGAGCUGGGAGGAAAGUCUCCUCUCAUCAUAUUUGCCGACUGUGACAUGGACAAGGCCGUCAGACAGGGCAUGAAUAGCGUGUUCUUCAACAAGGGAGAAAACUGUAUCGCCGCUGGAAGGCUCUUCGUAGAGGAGAGCGUACAUGACCAAUUCCUUCGUCUAGUGAUUGCAGAAACCGAGAAGAUAGUGAUUGGGGACCCCCUUGAUAGGUCGACAGCGCAUGGACCUCAAAAUCACAAGAGACAUCUUGAUAAAUUGCUCGAAUACAUUGAGAGAGGUGUCCAAGAAGGCGCAAAAUUGGUGUACGGGGGCAAGCGUCUCAACCGAAAAGGAUACUUUUUGGAGCCCACCAUAUUUGUGAACGUAGAAGACAACAUGUACAUCGCGAAAGAGGAAUCGUUUGGCCCUAUUAUGAUCAUCUCCAAGUUCAAGGAUGGAGACAUCGACGGAGUUCUUCGCCGCGCAAACAGCACAGAAUUCGGGCUUGCCUCCGGUGUCUUCACUCGUGAUCUUUCGAAAGCGCUCUAUGUCAGUGAACGCAUCGAAGCCGGGACAUGUUUCGUCAAUUGCUAUAACAAGACCGACGUCGCCGCACCUUUCGGAGGCUUCAAGCAAUCUGGCUUCGGUAAAGACCUCGGAGAAGAGGCAUUGCGAGAAUAUCUCAAGAUCAAGUGCGUAACUGUCGAAUACUAGCGCAUUGUGCAUGUAUUUACCUAUGAAUGUACUCAUAUUUUCCAGUAAAAAUAAAGUAAAAAAUCACUGUUA